ACAGCCUCCAGCGUCUCUGUCGCUCCCCCACUCUGUUAGUUUCAGUGAUGCUGAGGCGUGGAAAUAAAUCAUUGAAACCAUGGCAUGGACCUCAGAACCAUCGGUUGACAGUUCUGACCACAUUUCUGAUUAUACUCCUGGUUGUUUCAGCAUUUUUAUUUCAAAAGAAAGGGGGAAAAGCAAAUUCCUCAUUUAAACCGACAGAGCAAAAAUGGAAUAGCUUUGAAUCUUCAGUUCAAUUUUACCCAACCGCUGAGUUCAGGAAUGGAACAGAUGUCAUAUGGCAAAUACCUGGGUCACCAAGGGCGGUUCUCUUUCUGGCACACGGGUGCAAUGGCAGAGCAGUUAACUUUUGGGAUAGGUCUCCCAUGUGUCAAAAUUGUGUUGGUUUACCUGAAGAAAGAUUAAUUGUUCUUCAUGCUCUUGCUCGGAGAUUUGCUGUUCUUACUGUGUCAAGUGCUGGGAGAUGCUGGUCAUUUGGGGAGGAAAGGUUAAUUGUUAAAGGAAUUAUCAGAUGGUGGAUUGAGGAAAACAAGCUAGAAAAGCUUCCUCUUUUUGCUUUGGGGGCCUCCUCUGGUGGGUACUUUGUUUCUGUUCUGGCUGCUGAGUUGAGAUUCAGUAGUAUUGCACUUAUGAUAGCUGAAGGACUGUUUGAUGAAAUGGAUGUUAGAGAGGAUUACCCGCCUACCCUCUUUGUGCACAUGCCCAAAGAUCAGUUUAGGAAGAAAAGGAUUGAUGAAAAUAUUGAUUUCUUGAGGAACAAAGGCAUUGAAGCUGAAGGGAUUAGAUGCAUGGAGUUCCCCAUGUCUCCAAAUUUCUUGGCUGACAGAAUCCCAGCUCUUGAUCAGACCACUUCAUUUAAGUUGUAUGAGCUAUUCCAUGACAAGGGUUUCGUUGACAAUAAUGGAUAUAUGAGGAAGGAUGGGCGUACAACAAAAUGGAAAGAGGCUCUUAAGGAGAGAAAUAUUCUUCUUCCAGAUAAACAUUUGCUCAGUCAUAUUCAGGAGGAAAUGAAUCUUGCAUUUGCAUAUCAUGAGUUUACUAGCCUGCAGUCAGAGCAAAUAUUUAACUGGUUUGAACUUCACCUGAACUGAACAGGACUCAAUGUCUCACUUCCUUUCUAGGUAUGAAUCUCAUCUUUGUCGACCAUGAGUCAGUCUUACAUUCUUCUUUUCUUGGUCUUCAAAGGGUGCCGUGGAGUGUAGACUCUAUAAGAGCCAGAGAUCUUCAAAGACAACAUAAAUUAUGCACAGUUCAUUACCAAUUUUCUGUUUAACAGCCACAGAUUGGUCAUGAAUAUGGAAAGUUGUCAAAAUUAUUCUCUUGAACUAAUCAAAGAUCUUCUAAGUUACAUGAAAAAGAGAACAUAUGUUGAGUUGUCACUUGGGGUAAGCCAUACUGCAAGUUUUCUGUUGAACAAAGUGUGCAGUGGGCGAAACUCCAGUGUCAAAUUACGAUUGACCGGAAUGUAAACAUGUUGAGUGCAAAAAGCUAAGGUUUGUUCAGUUUUAAAGUUAAAUGAAUCAUAUAGUUAAAGAUCUUAACAGGAUUAUUUUAUCCUUAGGAAUUAAAUCCCUUUGUUGUUUUUUUUCCUUUAUCAUUUCUGCCUUUACUCGAUCAUGUACCUGUUAGCUGCAGCAGUUUAUUUGUGUAGAUCUAAAUGAUAACUUGAGUCAAAUAUGCUGACUGAUGAGCAGGAUUUGCUAAUCAUGUAAUCCUAGAUCCACGGAUAUGUUAGACUCUAUUGUUCCUGUAUUAAAAUGUAGAAGAAAUUCGUAGUUAUUUUGUAUCAUUUGUGAAAAUCUGUGGCUGUGGGUGGAGGGGUUUGAGGAUUUGGUGAGAGGACAGUAUUUGGUUAAUUUAGUAUUAUAGGGAGCAAUUUGUAGACAAAUUGUAAAUUGUGUAGUUUUGGACAACUUUCUUCUAGUGUUGCAGAUCAUUACCUUAAAUUUAAAGACCCCAUUUAUAGGUGUGCUGUUUGUGAGGAAUCUAGGGUGGUGAUUAUGUUCAGAAAGGGAUUGAGGGAUGUUCCACAUUCUUGCAGGGAGCAAUUUAUGGGCUGAUUGUGUAUUCGUAGGCAACUUUCUUCUACUGUUGCUGAUUAUCACCUUAAAUUUAAAGACACCAGUUAUAGGUGUGCUCUUUGCGAGGAACCUAGAGUGGUGAUUAUGUUCUAAAAAGGAUUGAGGGAUGAAAUCUAAAAUGUCUCAUUACUCUUUGGAAGAUGAAGGAUUUCUUCAACUGCCAACCCAUAACACCACUUACAGUCUUAAAGAGUUCCAUUAGUCUAGUUCAAUUUUUCAAUGGUCACUAGGUAGCAUUAGGCCCAUCCAAGACGUUCAAGAGAAAUGGCUUUGGAAGCUUACCACAUGGUUUUGGAAGCUGAGAAAUUUCUCCAGUUAACUCCAGUUACCAACCCAUAAAACUACUUCCAAUCUUAAAAAGUUUCAUCAGUCUAGUUCAAUUUCUUAAUAUUACGAGGUAGUCCUAGGCCCACCCAAGACGUUCGAGGGAAGACUCAAAUUGUUGAGAAUAAACAGUCAAAUAAUAGAAGUGCACAUGCAAAUUGUUGCAUAACUAAGAAUUGUGACUACAUAAAGGAUUUGCAUAUUCUUAAUGUAUCAUUUUUUGAUUCUUCAAUGGACAUGAUCAUGAAUCUUCUCAUCAAAAUAAGGCCUUAGACUUGUCUUUAAUGACCUUAAACACUGUUGGUGCCUCUAGGCCAAAGAUGGACCUUGACUUGUCAUCAAACUUGGUUGUUGAGACUUGCAAUGAACUUGUAGAUGAGUUGCCAACUACUAGGACAAAUAUAUUUGUCAUUCACAUUGCUUUUUGACCACAAUUUUUCAUUUCUAACCCAAAGGAUGAGGACCAAUUGGUUGCUCCAAAGUUUGUUAAAAAUUCCUUACACAUCUUCUUUAACUGUAUCUAGUGAAACAUUGCCCAUCAUUCUAGAACAUGGCUGAAUGCAUAUUUGUGUGAGCUGGCUAUAGAUUUGGAUCUUAAAUUUAUUUCUUGUUUGGAGGAUUUAUUAUUUUAUUAGAGAAUAUUGCAUCCAUCUAUGCUACUAGCUGUUGGAGGAUCUUUUAGAUAUUGUCAAUGCAAUGUUGUUCAUUCCAUCUCUUGAUUUGCUACAUGUUCAACUUUGUUCCCACUCAUGGAGUUUAAGUUACCACGACAUUUCAGAACUUGAGGUUGAGAUUUCUGUAACAAGGGGAGUUUGAUGGAGAACCUCCAAUGGUGAACUUCAGUUGUUUAUAUUGUAGCUUGGAUUUUUAUUUUAAUUUGUGAAAAAUUCUGGUUAUUUUAGAAGUCUAGUUAAUUUGGGGCUAUUUUUUAUUUUAAGUACCUCAGUGUUAUUUUGUGUAUUUUAAGUACUUUGGUGUUAUUUUGUAAUUUCUUGUUUUACUUGAAGUUAUUUUGUAAAUAUUUGUUGUACUUUGUUUGUAAUGUAUGAAAUGGCUGCUUAUUCGACUUUUGAGCA